UGUUAUUGUUUGGGCUGCCUGUCCAACAUGGCGGCUCCUGGCUGCGUCUUCCACAGAACCCUGGCCCGGUCCAGACCCGGUCCAAACAAGGUCUAAACCGCAGUAAUACCAGCACCGUCAUGAUUUCUGGAUUGAUUUAUCGGCGGUGCAGCGCGCGCGUGAAGGCUGGUUCAACCUCCGGCGUGUUUGUCUCCACCCCGCCUCCUCUCGCUCGGAUUAAACGGCAACCAGACUCCCUUCAAAUAUUUACCGAUUUAACGUCGCUUUGCUUAUUAGCUAGAACGCCCAUCCUGCUGAAUAUGAUUUAAAGUGUUAUUUGAAUUUUAAAAAUGGUUCGCCGUUUCGAUUAAUCACUUAAAAGUCAAGAUUUAUGUUAACCAAAUGCCGCUAAAUCCAUUAUGGUUAUGCCGAAUUUGCCAUAAAUCCAUAAGAUUUGGAAACCUGCUCAGUUGUGUUGAAGAUGCGUUUCUAUUAGCCGUUAACUCCGUCAACCUUAAAUGAUCUGAUGUUUGAAUGGAAUUUGGCGCGUCCUCGUCGUCUCCUGCCGUCUGCAGGGAGUUCCUGUAUGUGGUGGACCUGCAGCGUUACAGCAGAGACCAGGGAUCCUCUGUCUACUUCCCCCAGGCUGUCCUCAAUGGUGAAGACCUGUAUGACGUCACACUGACAGACACGGACUGCAGGCUGCGUGUGACUCUGGAUCCUGGUCUGAACCGGCUGGUGGAGAGGAACGUCCUGCGGCCUAGGUCGACGCUACGUAACGCCGCCUUCACCCCCGCCAUGGCCGCUCAGCUCCCAGAAUGCCCCGGGGCCUCUGGAGAGACAGACAGCUACAGACUGCUGAGUGUGGAGGUCGCUGACGGAGCUCCAGGGGACGACGACGGAGUCCGGAGGUUCGACGCGGACUGGGACUCGCUGCCCUGGUUUGGGUCGUUAGAACCUGCAGGUCCUUUGGUUCCUCUGAGAGCCAAUAGGAGCGUGUUUCUCCCUCUGUGGAACAAUGUGGACUACAGCGGGGAGGUGUGGAGGGAAGCUCCGCCCACUGAGGAGGAGGAGGAGGAGGAGGAAGAGGAGGAGGAAGCGCGGCGGCCUGCUGCGACGGUGUCGGAGCUGCGGGACUCCUUCCUGUCGGGUCGCCGGGGCGUUGCCUUCCAGCAUCAGCUGAUCGUACGCAUCAUCAACAAGUCACACCUGAUGUAUUAUGGGAGGACAGACCGGAACUGUGAGUGUCCAUAUAAGGCGGUGCUGGAGGUGUGUGACCGGACAGGAAGUGUGUGUGUGGUGUUGUGGAACAGUGUGUGUGUCAGCUGGUAUCGCUGUCUGAAGCCCGGUGACAUCAUCAGCCUGAGACGCUAUCGAGUCAAACAGCUUUACCAGGCUGAUCCAGAUGACAUAGAGAUCAGCGUGAACAGCAGAAAUCCUGCCGCUCGCAUCUCUGUUCUCCCAGAAUCCUCUGUUUCACCUGAAUAUCUACCACCUGCACCCACCUACAGCUUCUACAGCAGUAAGGAGCUGCUGGACCGUCCUCACGGCUUUGUGUGUGAUGUCAUCGGCCUGCUGACGUUCUCAGGACGAGCAGAGCGAAUCAGGAGCAAGGACGGCAGAGGGGCGGAGCUUUUGGAGUAUCACUGGCUACGAUUGGAGGACGGGACCAGCAAUCAGCCAAUCAUGGUGAAGCUCUUCUCCACGUCUCAACCUGAAUCCCACCUGAAGCUCCACCCACUGUCUGUGGUCGUUUGCACCAGACUGAAGGUGACGAAAGCUGCAGAUCGGACCGACGUCGGCUUCUACCUGACCAACACGGCGUACACUCAGGUGUACUGCACAGGACAGGGCCACCACUCGGAGAUGAGUUACCGUAAGCUCCGGCCGGUGCGGCAGUUCCUCCAGUGGCUGAGGAGCCAGGAUGAUGGACAGGUGCUGAGCAGGGCUGUGAUUGGAGGAUUCUUUAUCUACCCGCCUCCUCCCGUCUCCUUGGAAACAUACAUGAAAGACAGGAGAGGUGAGCCGGGCUUCCUCCGAGGGGCGGAGCUUCAGAGGGAGGUGGAGAGGCUCUGUUACCGGGAGCGACGCACCUUCUGCAUCCAGGCAACUGUUACCAUGGUUACGUACAGCCGCAGAGGGGAGGAGGAUCGCUGUUUGUUUUGGACAGACCGAGCUUCAUCUCUCUCCCCCUCCUCCUCCUCCUCCUCCUCCUCCCCUCGCCCGUCUCCCUCCCCCUCUCUCUCCUCCUCCUCCUCCUCCUCUCUCCUCCCUCUGGCCUCCACCCCUCGCUCGUUCAGGCCUCCUCCCUCCUCCUCCUCUUCCUCUUUCUCUCCAGCUGCCGGUCAGCUGACGCCCCGCCCUCCGGACCCCAGACUCGGCAGGAAGUCGUGUAAGAGGAAGCAGCUGCUGCCGGCCGAAACUCCAAAGAAGAGACAUCCGCGGGUCACAUUGCAACCAGAACACAACAACAGGACAGUCAUUCUGUUUGAAGCCUCCAUGGAGUUUCUAGAAAACACAAACGCUGAUGAAGACGACGACGACGACGAUGAUGAUGACACCUCGUCCUUCGUCACCGCCCCCCUCCUCCCUGCCUUCCCGCUGGUCGCCGUGGAGACGCUGCCGAUGCGUUAUGACCACGCCCAAAGGGAGGAGCAGGCGGUCGCCGUGGCGAUGGGGGAGAGGGCGGCCGCGGCCGGGGCCGGGAGGUUCGAGUCGGCCCUCGAGGACUACUACACUCUGAGACUGAGAGCUCUGUCGGACGCUGUGUUGGUGGACGCCGUCUUCCUCCCUCACUCCUCCUCUUCCUCCCCCUCUCCUCCCCUCCUCCCUCACCCCAACACCUGGAUCUCCAUCUUAUCCCACGGAGCCUUCUCCUCACACACACCUCCACCUUCACCAGCUGACCUCAUCAGAAUGGCGGCCCAGCUGGCCAAUCAGAGGCUGGUGUGUGUCCUGGAGGCGUGUCACCUGGGCGGGGCCACAACUGAACUCAUCCUGAGCCGAGCAUUUCACCUGACCGACUGACCGACCGUCCACUGAUGCCUGAUGGGAGUUGUUGUUUUUAAAGUUUGGUUUGUAACUUAUUAUUUUUAACAUUUAUACUUGAUCAUUUAUAGUAUUUAUGUAUUUUUUAAGUAUUUUAUGGUGUUUAAAUUUACCGUGAUACAUGUCGAUGCACUUUAUUGUGGUUGGGUGUUGUAGUUUUUUAACUCUAUAGUCGGACUACAUUUAAAGAGCACCAGCGACAACUUUUAAAACUGUUUAAUUUGUAGCUGUUUGCUGGAUUUCUGUUUUUUGGUAACAUUUUAGAUUACAACCUGCAACUUACUGUAUAAUUAUUUCGUACAUAUUUAGUAUAUAGGCGGUAUCGAUAAAAUAUGCAUACCGGAACAAAUAUGGAAAAUAAUAUUUAUAAUAAUAAUAAUUUUAUAAUAAUAUUUAUUAAUAAUAAUAAUAAUAAUAAGACCAGGCGGUAACAACUUAUAUAUACUACAUUCAGUAUUCUUUUAGUACUAUUUUAUUGUUACUGUUGUUAUAACGUAGGUAAAGUAGGAAAAUGGGUAAGACAGUGUUGAUAUUGCCUCAAAAACAGCUUUUAUAUUUUGUCAUAACAUCGUAUCAAACCGUUACCGAGCUUAAUACACCCUUUCACUUAGAAACUAACUUUAUUGAGGUUCAUUGGACAAAUAUAAAGAAUAGUGUGGCAAAUAUAAAUAUGUAAAUAUGUACCGAGUAAUUACAAACAUACUUAGGUUGUAAUUUAUUUCUUAGUGCCCCCUCCCCUCGUGACUCAACGGCCACUUUAUCCGUCAACUUUGUUUCCAGAAGUCUGAGAAUUUGGGGGUUUUAGCAAGUUUUACGCUCCCCAGUUAAAAAUGUAUAAGUGCUGUCUGUUCGAUAGGCUCAUUCCUGACUGCGCGGACUUCUUUUAGACCAACAAGUGAAGGUUUUAGUAUUUCUUCUCCUGAAUCUGGUUUGUUGUUUGUUGUUUGUUCUAACAGCAAAGCCUCAGUUUGAAGCUUCAGCAGUUUUCAGCUUUAAACUAUAUUUUAGUGCCAGAAAGUCAGUGUUCGGACAAACUUUCAGUAUAUUCUGACAUGUUGUAACUCUUGAAGGUUUUUGUAUUUGUUUAAUUUUUUGGUCUUUCCAAAGAGUUUCUCCGAUUUACAGCUUGUUAGCGCUGUUGUUGUAUUUUGGAAAAAAUGUUUUGGCUGUACAUCUGCAUGUUUUUUCUAAACUGUGUAAAGUUUUGCAUUAUGGAGGGAUACGAGUUUUCAUUACAGUUACAGUCUAAUAAAUUCUCCUCUUCUUUAACAUUUGAA